AUGACUUUAACACAUGCAACAUCUUUAAAACUACUGAAGCCAGAAGCAACAGCUUUGCUUCUUGAAAAUGAUCUCAAAGAAUACUGUUCGAUCGUGGACACUAUGCAAGGUCCAAAUGCUGUUAAUAACUACGCAGGACCUUGUCUCACUUUAGCAGCAGCUUGCAAAAAUAAAUCAAAUGCUAAGACUUGGAAAAGCUCUGCAGAUUCAUUAAAAGACGAUGCUAAGAAAAGAUUUGAGAAAUUUAGGAGUUGUACCGUUACUGACAAAGAUAUACAAAUGUUGGUAAAAGCUAAGAAUUCAAAACCGACAGAAUCUAAGACUAAUAAAGACAAUGUUGAAAAUAUUACUAAACUGAAACCAAAUUUCCAAUAUACUGAUAAUAGUAGUGGAGACAAGUCUAAAAAUAUUUUUACACCAAAGCCAAAUUUCCAAUAUACAUCAAAUUCUGCACCUAAUAAGUUCUCUCGCCAACCAUCUUUCACAAGUACCUACAAUAACAAUAAUAAGACUUCUAUCCCUGACCAACCUGAUUCACCGAGUACUACCAAUGCGUUUAGAACAGCCAAAAGUGAACUUAUUUUGCAACAAAUGAAAAGAAUCAGGGUCUUUGGGCACUAG